UUGCUAUCAGGUGAUUCAGCGCGGACAAAUCAUCAUCUUCAUCAUCAUCAUCACGUGAACGCGCCAGAGCGCGCACCCGCGCCCACCCCCCAGCACGCGGAGCAGCGGCAGCAGCCUCCAGGGACUAUAAAAGCCCUCAGAUACCGUCCCAGGAGCGCGGAGGAAGCUCGACCUCACAGCUUCUGCAUCAUCUCGGUACCUGUCUGUCCAACAACCAUGAAGGCUGUAGCUCUGAUCCUUGCUCUGGCUGUCAUCACAGGCUGUAAUGCCCGUGCAGUGCGCCAGGCUGACACCUCCCUGGCCCGGUUGCAAGGCAGCGUGGAUCGGUUCUGGCAGUACAUCUCUGAGCUGAACCACAAAGCCGAUGGAGUGGUGGAGACCAUCAAGGCCUCUCAGCUUAGCAGAGAGCUUGAUACUCUGAUCAGUGACACCAUGGCGGAAAUGGCCGUAUACAAACAGGAUAUCCACACCAAGCUGGCCCCUUUCGCCGCCACCUCCACCGACCAGCUGGCUGAGGAUCUGCAACUUCUGGCCAACAAACUGCAGAAGGACAUGACCGAUGCCAAGGAGCGCAGCACCGAGUACCUGGGCGAGCUGAAGGCCAUGGUGGAGCAAAACUCCGACGAUGUCCGUAACCGCGUCAACACCUACACCAACAAACUGAGGAAGCGCCUCACCAAGGACACCGAGGAGAUCCGCGACACUGUGACCACCUACAUGGGGGAGCUCCAUUCCCGCACCUCCCAGAACCUGGGUGCUGUAAAAGAGCAGGUCCACCCCUUCGUCCAGCAAGCCAGCGGCACCGCAACCCAGAAGCUGAGUGACAUCUCAUCACUCAUACAGACCCAGGCUGAGUCCAUCAAGACCUAUCUGGAGUCCCAAAUGAGCGUCAUGCGCACCUCUGUGGACGAGGAGCUGGAGAAGUUAACAGAUCUGUUGGGCCCGGUCGCCACCCAGAUCCGCGAGCAGUUGGAGGCGGCUGCCGCUGCCUAAGGAAAGAGUUUUUCUUAGGGGUUGUAGAAGGUUGAUGGUAGGGCAAGGAUGGAUAAAGAUGAGAAACAGAGAGUUACUGAUAUACAUUGUGUGCCUCCAGUGUUCAGGAUUAACGGGGUGACUGCAGGGAAGAAGCUGCAUAUUUUACAGAGAGAUCAGCCAACAGGAGGAUUUUUCUGCAUAGGUGCACCAUCUUUUUCCCUGUUCUCACUUUGAUCAGUGAACACUAGCACCGCAGUCAAUAACGUUCUAUAUUACACAAGCAAGAGGCAGAUAUGUUGUACUAUGCUUCACUGUUCUACUUUGACAUGCUUUUCCAGUUUUCUACAGUUCGCCGCUGGGUUUUAUUUUCUUGUGGGGCUACACGCCCCUCUCAUUGCAUCAAAAACGAUUGUCUUUUGGUUCAAUAAAUGCACUGACUGAUGUUUGUCAAGUUGUAGGUUUACGUGCAGAUUCAUCUACUUGUUUGUAAAACCAAACCUCUGACAAACCCUCCUGUAUUUUCAUGUCAGUUUGUGUUGUUUCACUCAUAUGGAAUAAAAACUGACUUGGUACAUGUAUGACUAUCAGUGAGUUCUCCAUCACAUUACUACACCUUCCACAUUUUUAAUAGCCACUGUGCUGGUCCAGAAGUGUGUGUCUUGUCCACUUUUUGUUUGCCUCAUAAAACAUUAAAGAACAAUCUAUUAUUUAUGAUAGCCUCACAGAGUUGUCACUAAGCCAUUGCUUGAAGGAUUCAAGUUCUGGCGGUCAAAUGGA